GAGUUCUCUUCUCUUCUGCUUUCCUCACUCCUACACCAAAUACUCUGCGCUUACUUUUUGGUUCUCGUACACACAUAUAUGUGCUUGUUCUGUUCUUCAUAUUCGAUGACGCCGACUUCGGGUGUUUCACUCGUUAGGGUUUUUUCUUCUUCUUGCAUGCGACAUUUCCCUUUCUCUUUUUUUCUCUCUCUUUGCUGUCUGCUGUUUGGCACCCGCGUGCGGUGCAAAACGCGGGAGCUGUGCUCUUUGCCGGUGCCCUUUCUAUGUAAGUGAUGUAUUCACGUAUGAUAGAGUUCAUUGUUUGUGUUCCUCCCACCUACAGCUCUGCUCUUGCGCUGUGUUAGGGCUUCGGUAAUCGACAACGCUGUCUCCAUCGCCCUGCUCGUCAAGUAUCGGCGGCACUUUUUUUUUACCCUUGGUCUUUUUGCGCGUGUAUGUGUGCUUUUGGAGUUGCCGUCUGCGUUGUCAGCGUUUUUGUUCUUCUGUUUCUGCUGCUUUUUUUUUUCUCUGUCUGCUGUUCCAUCAGAGUCCUUUUUCCUUUCCUGUAGCUUUUUUGAUGGAGGGAGGAGAGGCAACGGCGUUCUUUGCGAAGAGCACAUACUAUCUUCCCCUUUGUUUUCUUGCUCACGGGUAAUUGACGAUGUCUUCAACGAGAGAGAGAGAGAAAGAGAGGUCUGCUUCGUCGCCGAAGCAGUCAAAGCAAAUUGGAGAGUAGUUUGGUGAAUCAAAAUACCGUGCAACCUGGCAAUAAGGGAAAAAGGAAAAAAAAAGAAAAUCAACUUGUGUGUGUGUGUGUGUGCAGUCAGCAGUGUCGCGUGAGAAGUCGCGAGGGUUGUUUUUCACACGAAGGAGAUACUCUCGCGUAGUGACUGUGUCAUUGCUGUAUGCGAACAGAGCACACUUCGUUCUAAAAAAAGCGUCUUCUUAUUCAGCUAUUUCAAUGGACACCGCUCAAGAAGAAGAAAAAAGAUGCGUCUCGACGUCUCACGUUCUUUUUAAGUGCGUGGCAUUCUUUGUACUUUCCUGUCCACUUAAAUCGUUUGGGCAACGCGAACACGAAGGAGGAAACUCGUACGUAAGGCCGGUGUGCAUUCUACUCUCUCACCUUCGACCUUCUCCUCUCUUCCAUUUUUCUUUCUCUAUCCAAACCGUCCGCGUGUGUGUGUGUGUGUGUGUGCUUGUGAUUCUUACCCCCCCCCCCUUUCUCCGUCUUGUGAAAACGGUCAACAUUUGGACACGACGGGAAAAACAACAACACCCUAUCUCUUAUUGCCCCCCUCCUUCACAAUUACAACAAUAAGAAGCGAAAAAUAGAAAAGAACCAUGGCAACACUUAGCCUUUCUUCGCCGUCGGUGACGCACCUCAUGAGUAUGUCCGCGCCAAUCGGCUCCCUUGCCACCGCCAUCUCCCCCGCCAGCGAGUUCCCGACGGAUGGGGCUGUCAGCGCCACCCACCCUGUGGCGUACUUCUCCAUCGCCCUCUGCGUUCCGGCGUUGGUGGUGCUGCGGAUGCAGGAGGCGAACACGGCCAGCCGCUGCGCUCUCUUCCUGAGCUGCACGACGUUGAAACCGAACGCAAACAGCGCCUCGUGGCGGCUCAUCUCACCGGAGCCGGUGAAGCAGCUUGUCCUGCACCCGGCAGAUCCCGCCUACCGCGUAGGAAUGCUGACGAUUGCGGUGCAUUACUUAGAGACGAGUGGGCAGAGUAGCUUUCAGCUGCGCGCCGAGGUGCGGCGGGAUUUCUUCGCGAUGUGGCUCCGCACAGGCGAGGUGCAGUGCAGCGCUUCCACCACUGCGGACGGCGCGGUCGAAAACGGAAAUACGCAGGGAACUCUGCAAGUGAGUCACACAAACGCGGGACCAUCGAAGGCGAUGAUGUCAACGCUGCACGGUGUUCUCGCGAGCGCGGCGAGCCGUACCAUAACGUCGCCGCAUGCCGCCACCGUGAACACGCGCGGUUCCUUGUUCACAUCCUUGUACAUUGGCGACUGGCGCGGUGAUCACCGCGAGGGAUUGGGAUUUCAGUACUACGCCGCUCCUGACGACGCCGCCGCCUCUGGAGACGGGUGGCAGAGCGCCGUACGGGCCGAUGAGAGCGAGGACGAGGACGAGGCGGCUACGUGUUGCAGCGGCGAUGAAGGAACGCACGCGGGUGGGCUCCAUCCUCAGCUCUCUACCACUUCUUCGCAGCAUUCCAUCCCCUGGUUGGCAGCGACGUCGGCGAGCGGCGGUGUAGUGAACCCGCUUCUGCUGCUGCGUGCGUUCUGCGAGCGUCACAACCUGCCGUGGUCGGCGUGGAGCAUCCCUGACACCUUCACGGCGGAUGAGCUUGCCGAGCUGGGCUUCGGCUACUCCUUUCGCUUAGCGGGGUCCAACCAGCUUUCAAGGAUGGCGUCGAAGACUGGGAAGGAGGCUCGCAAGGGAGACGCGGACGCCGCGUUGAUCACCCUCGUGAAGCCAUCCUCGCCGCACCCCUCUCCCCUCAAUGCCGCUGUUCCCACCACCAACACGCCGCCUCUCCCGCCGUCGCCGCCCAUCAAACCUCGUGCCACCGCCGUUGAAGGGAUGUUGGUCCUCGGCAGCGUCAUUGACCACCUCCUGCUGGCUGAAAUUCGUGACGCGGACUUGGGGCACUGGGCGGUGCUGCCGGUGCAGCCCGGUGUCGAGGUGUACGCGGGGGAGUGGUCCGCCAACUGCAAGGAUGGCCGCGGCUUCUAUCAGUGGCUUGACCGCUCCUACGUGGGCGAGUGGGCGGGUGGCCGCCGCGAGGGCUUCGGCCUGCUGCGCCGCAAGGACGGGGGGUGGUAUCGUGGGCAGUGGGAGCGCCACGUCCCGCACGGCAGCGGCGAGGCACGACUCAUGCCGGAGGACCUGCUCUACAAAGGGGAAUGGCGCAACGGGUGCCGCAACGGACGCGGAUGUCUGACCUACCCGGAUGGAACAGCGGUGCAUGGCGUGUGGGUGGCGGACGUGUUGCUGCCAGAGGUGCAUGCCGUGUACGCAGACGGCAGCACCUACGACGGCAUUUGGGGACCGGAGGCGUGUCGGGAGGGUCGGGGCACGUGGACCGACACGGAGGGAUGCCAGCACAUCCACACCUGGUCGCACAACAUGCGCGUUGGCGAGGGAAAGGAGGUCUACCCGAAUCACGUCGUGCUGGAAGGGACGUGGGCGGCGGAUGUGCUGAAAAGCGGCGUGUACGUUUUCCCGAACGGGGAACGCUACGUGGGCGACGUGGACGCGAAGCAGCACGUGCGCGAGGGCAGCGGGACGUGCACGUCGGCAGAUGGCUUGACGGUGUAUACGGGUGGCUGGUCGCGGGACAAGCGCACCGGGCACGGCGUCUUUGUCCGAUACCAGAGGAACAAAGCGGCCACCAGCAGCGACUCUAGCGCUGCCGAUCCAGGAGUGGUGGUGGUGGAGCGGUACGAGGGGGAGUGGAUGGAUGACACCCGCAGCGGCGCCGGUCACCAGGAAAGCGGCGACGAGGUGUAUGAUGGCACCUUUGCACGCGACUGCCGCGACGGCACCGGCAUGCUGCGCAACACACGCUCGGGCUCCUUCUACCAGGGCCACUGGAAGGGCGAUCACCGCUGCGGGGCCGGUUCCUGCUACAGCGCCACCAAGGACAUCACCUACGAAGGCGUUUUCUUACACGACCGCCUCACCGGCCCCGGCACCGCGACAAAAGGGGCGUCGCAGGAGCAGUACGACGGGCUGUGGCUCGACGGCAUGGAGCAGGGCCACGGCUCACUGCGCCUGGCCAACGGUGACACCCUCCGCGGGGUGUGGCACCGUGGGCGGCCCGAGCUGGACGCCGAGGUGGAGUACAUCGACGCAGCAGAGCGGGGUGCCAUUCGCGACUCGCGCUACGUGGGCGGGUGGCGCGACGGCGCGCGGCACGGCAACGGCACCCAGGUGCUGCGCGAUGGCAGCGUGUACGAGGGGACAUGGGCGCACAACAAGCAGCACGGCCGCGGGCGACGCACCGCUCCGUCUGGCGAGUCGGUAGAGUGCGAAUGGGUGCACGGGAGCAUCAUUCCCGGCUGCAUCGCGGCGGUUUGCUACACCGAUGGAAGCGUCUAUGCAGGACAAGUAAACGCGGCGGGCGUGCCUCACGGUGCUGGUGCGCUGACGUACCCCGAUGGCACUGUGUUUGAUGGCCAGUUCACUGAUGGCAUCUACGAGUUGUAA